AUGUCUGCCGCCAAGCCAAUUUUGAUCUCAGGCGGUGGCCUUUCAUCGCUGCUGCUGGCCCAAUCCCUGCGGCGAUCUAAUAUACCCUUUAGGAUCUUCGAGCGCGAUGCGUCAUUUACUUUCCGAGCUCAAGGAUACCGACUGAGGUUAUCUACAGAAGGACUUGAGGCCAUCGAAUCGGUUCUUGAUGCCCCAACAUGGCAGAAAUUCUGGGAUAAGUGUGGAAAGACCGGUGGUAGCGGUUUCACUGCAAUGGAUGCCAUAACGGGAGAAGAAACGGAACAUACAGCUCCCGAAGCUUUGGCUUCUCGAGGCGGCAAAAUUGUGGGCAUCGCCCGGGGAGAUAUGCGUAAGGUGUUUGCGGAGGGCUGCGAAGAACACAUUGAAUGGGCCAAAAACGUAACCGGCUAUGAAUUAACUGAUGACGGGGUUGUUGCCAUAUUCUCCGACGGAUCUAAGUCAAUCGAAGGCUCCAUGCUUGUGGGGGGCGAGGGCGCUAGGGGAAUACACGGACAGGCCCCCACGACUGCGUUCAAGGGUCUGGGAGAAGGAGUCUUCACCGUGCGGGAUAAGACCCGACCGGACGGUGCCGUGUUCAUCAUCACCAACAUUCGUCCUGAUCAAAUGGACGACCCCGACAUUCAGUUUGGAUGGACAAUGGGAGGCCAGCCAGGUGUAAUCCAGGUCCCCAACGACGAUUACAGCAUCGUGGGCAAACAGGCUGCUGACAUUGCCAAGUCACUCGUGAAGAAUUGGCAUCCGCGAUUCAAGCCCUUGUUUGAUGAGAUGAUCGAGUCCGAAGCGGCAUUUUGGAAGAUUACAUGCUCGACACCAUCAGGCGUACCAGAAUGGCCAAACGAGCCUCGUGUGACAGUUAUAGGAGACGCCGUACACUCAAUGACACCCGCGGGAGGAAUUGGGGCGAAUACUGCCGUUCAAGAUUCUGCGCUGCUAGGAAGAUUAUUGGGUGAGGCCGGAGGCUAUGCACCUGGUGUUACGGCUGCCUACGAAAAAGAAAUGAGAAUUUAUGGUAGCAAAGCUGUUCAUCAGAGCUAUACGACGGCAGUUAGUUCGUUUGGCGUCAAAAUUGAUGAAGCGACUAGUCCAACGGUCUAG